CUUACACAAUCUCUACCUACUUUUCAAAUUAUUUUAAUGAACUAGGUUAAGCAUAUACUCCUUCUAAAAUUCAAUAAUAUACUUCUAUAAAAGUUUUCUUUACAACUUGUAAAGUAACUGACCUUAGGGCAAAGCGGCGAGGCUGUGCUCGGUCAACUAAUACAUUCCCCCCCCCCCCCCCUAGCGCCGGCGAACCCUUAAUCUUGUCACUUUUAUCAACGCUUCACGAACAAAAUUUCAAGAAAUUUGCUUUUUUCAUAUCUAACCUCGGUCAUAGCAUCAAAUCUUCGCUUAAUCUUUUUUUGUACCAUAUUACAUCUGCGAGCAUUCAAAAUAAGGAACAAUUGCCGCAGUAAACCAAAUAUCACUGCAAACGACCUACACUUGACAACUUGACAUAUUCACCUAUUUAACUACGAAACCAAGAGCCGCUGGUGACGAUCCAUGGCGCAACCAGCCAAUCCCUCAGAAACCGACAGAUGGAGCUCGCUCCUGUCGCGAUUAAACCCAAUACCGGGAUUCGGGGAAUAUACGGGACCCUACAAGGUCGGCACCGUCGACGUUGAGAUCCCAGUCUCAGAACUCGAAUCACCGGCUCCGGCACCGAGCAAUGCGGCUGACAUCGAGACGAUACAAUUCCGAAUAUUCUAUCCGGCGCAUCCGGAUUCCCAGGGCAAGCGCAUAACCUGGCUGCCGGCUCCCCAGCGCGAACAUCUAUCUGCCUACAUCCAAUUCUUAGGAAUUGGCCAACUACUAGCAGAGGCCAUCUCCUUUCUCCCGAGACAUCUACACUACACUUCGAUCCCCGUUAUUAAGAAUGCACCAGUACUCGAGCCCAACACCCCGAACAAACGGUGGCCGACAGCCAUAUUUUCCCACGGUCUUGGCGGCAGUAGAAACGCAUAUUCGCAAGUAGUAGGCUCGCUGGCCUCACAUGGCGUCGUGGUAAUAUGUCCCGAGCAUAGGGACGGCAGCGCUGUUGCAUCCUUUAUCCGCAUCCCUUCGCAGCAAGACCGGUACUUUGUACGCAGCACGCGCCGUAUGGUCCCCUACCAUCGCGUAUCACACGUCGCCACGGACGAGGUAUACGCUCUGCGCAACGAUCAACUCCGAAUACGGUUAUGGGAGAUGGGGCUGGUUCACGAGGCUAUACUGGGCAUCGACAAGGGCUUGUCCCUGACAAAUCUAAACAAGAGCACUCCUUCUCUUUCCCCGUUGAUCGGCAAACUACACAUUCACGAGCCGGGUAGCAUCAUCUUCGCCGGUCACAGCUUCGGCUCAGCCACCGUCGUCCAGUUCCUCAAAUCCGUAUUCUACGCCGGCCGCCCGGAGCUCGAAGCCAUGUCCGAUCAGCUAUACGUGCCGUCCCGCGACUCUUCAAUCUACCAGCAGAUCACGCCGCGCAACGUCGCCAUCCUCCUCGAUAUGUGGUGCUUCCCCCUCCUAGCCAACACCACAAAACCCCUCUUCAACCUCCCGCUCCCCAUGUACGCCGCAGACAACUCUUCGCCGCCGGGCGGCAACGCGCUUCUAGCGAUCGGAUCAGAAGAUUUCUUCAAGUGGAAAGAGCACCUGCAUGCAACGGCGCGGGUACUGUCACCCGAUCCGUCGGCACCGACGGUACAAGCGACCGCUUUCUACGAGGACAACGCGUCGGGCGUUAAGCUCCCCGAGCCGAAUUUCUUCUUCGUAGAGCGCUCGGCGCACUUGUCGCAGUCGGAUUUCGGAGUCCUGUUCCCGCGGCUCACGCGCAGGGUCUUCGGCUCCGAGGAGCCGGAGCGCGCCCUCCGGCUUAACCGCCGCGCGAUGUUGCAAGUCCUGCGCGCGAACGGCGUGCCGGUCGCGCGCACGUGGACGGGGGAUCUGGUCGAUGGCGCGUUUAUCGGGAAGGAUUUGAGUGGGGGCGGGAAUGGAACUACGACUGUCGAGGGUGAUGCGACGACUAGUCGAGACGUAAGGGAGGGCGGAAACGAAGGUGGAGAUGGAAAUCGUGAAGUGGAAGUUGGAGAUAGGAGCCUUGAAGACGGUAUUCACGACGACAAGGCGAUCCUAGAUCGUAGCGGACACGAGACUGUGGAUGCCUGGCGGUGGAUCGAUAUCGUGGGUAUGGGCGAGGUGGUGGAUGAUAACGGCGAAGUAAAGGCGGGCACCGAGGCAGCGGAGGAGCAGGAGCCGCAGAUGGCGGAUGUUAUCGAGCCUCGUGCUACGGAGGAGGACGUGGUAGCAAAAAGCUGAUGCUAAUGCUGUAUGAUGUAGUUGAUUUAUGGCUUGGCGUUGGGUUGUAUCUGGAUGGCUUUUUCUUCUUUUUGUUAAGGAUCCGGUUAAGACUGGAAGGGAAAAGGGGGG